AUGAGUGCAUGUAAAAGUCGACUCAUUAUUGAGUUAAAAGAUUCUAGUAGAAACAAAGAUACCGAUAUUAAAUUAUUCCCAUCAGAAAAUGAUUUAAUGUAUUGGAAUGCCGAAAUAGCAGGGCCAAAUGAAACCCCAUAUGAAGGAUUUAUUUUUAAAGUUGCCAUCACUGUUUCACCACAAUAUCCGAUAUUGCCCCCAUCUGUGAAGUUUGUAACACCGAUUUUUCAUCCAAACGUCAACUUUUUAACUGAAAUUUGUAUAGACAUUAUUAAGGAUAACUGGACACCAGCAUGGACAUUACACGCUGUUUGUAGAGCAAUUAUAUCUAUUUUAUGCGAGCCAAAUCCGAACAGCCCAUUAAAUUGUGAUGCAGGGAAUAUUUUGAGAUGCGGAGAUAAAAAAGGAUUCAAUAAUAUGGCAAGAAUGUAUUCAUUAGAGUAUGCAAGAGAAUAUAACUGUGAAUAA